CACUGAAUUAGAAUUGUUUUAAAUAAAGUUUGUUUUCUUUUGGAUAAAUUAGAGAUUUAAAAUGACUACAGCAGCGCGCCCAACAUUUGAUCCAGCGCGAGGUGGCUCUGGACGUGGUGAAAAAGAUUUAAGCGCACUUAGCAAACAGUAUUCGAGUCGCGAUUUGCCUGGGCAUACCAAACUUAAAUACAGAGAAAUUGGUCAAGGAACCAGCGAGGAGAUACGCAAUCGUGAUUUUCGCAAGGAGCUUGAGGAACGGGAGCGCGAUUUACGUUCUGGCAACAACUCGAACAAGGCGCUGCCCUCCAUUGUGCGCAAGGCUAUUGAGGCGAACAAUGCAAGCGGGAGCAGCGCAAGCAAACGUACCAAAUUAGACAGCCUGUCGCAGCAGCAGCUACAUCAGCAGCAGCAACAACAUGCUGCCAAUCUCGAUGCAGACGAGCCACUGGACAAUGACAGCUCGGAUUCGGAAAGCGAUUCGGACGAUGAUGAUGCGGCCCUGCUAGCCGAGCUGCAGAAGAUCAAACAGGAACGCUUGCAAGAGGCGGCACGCCGUGAAGCUGAAAAGAAACAGGAGGACGAACGCAUUCGCAUGGAGAACAUUCUAUCGGGCAAUCCACUAAUUAACUAUGAGCCCGGCACAGCGGCAUCAGCUGCUGGACGCACCUCUGGCAAUGGCGGGGAUCUGAAAAUAAAGCGUCGUUGGGACGAUGAUGUUGUCUUCAAAAACUGCGCACGCUCGGCUCCAGAAAAGAAAACUCACUUCGUUAACGACGCUCUGCGCUCGGACUUCCACAAAAAGUUUAUGGACAAGUACAUUAAGUAGAUAAGAUACCAGAUUAAGAUGAUCUAUGUAAGCAGUUGAGUUCUACUGCCCAACCAACAUAUUUGUAAUAGUUUUAUACAACCUAAUUUUUUUUUUUUGUUUGUG